UCCCGGUCCUGCGGCGCUAGAGACCCUCCGCCAUGGGCGAGCGCAAAGGCACGAACAAGUACUACCCCCCUGACUUCGACCCGGCCAAGCAUGGCUCCCUCAACAAGUACCACCACAGCCACCCGCUGCGGGAGAGGGCCCGCAAGCUGUCCCAGGGCAUCCUCGUCAUCAGGUUCGAGAUGCCGUAUAACAUCUGGUGCGACGGCUGCAAGAACCACAUCGGGAUGGGUGUCCGGUACAAUGCGGAGAAGAAGAAGGUCGGCACCUACUACACGACGCCCAUCUACAGGUUUCGGAUGAAGUGCCACCUCUGCGUCAACUACAUCGAGAUGCAGACGGACCCGGCGGGCUGCGACUACGUCAUCGUCAGCGGCGCCCGGCGCAAGGAGGAGCGCUGGGACAUGCGGGAUAACGAGCAGGUCCUGCCCACCGAGCGGGAGGAGAAGGAGAAGCUGGAGACGGACGCCAUGUUCCGGCUGGAGCACGGCGUGGCCGACCGGGCGGCGCUGCAGAGAGCCGUCCCCACGCUGGCCAGUCUGCAGGAGGCCCAAAGCGCCUGGAAGGACGACUUCGCCCUCAACAGCCGCCUCCGGAGACGCUUCAGGGAGGAGAAGAAGACGCUGCGGGAGGAGGAGGAGGAGGCGGCGGCGCUGCAGGCGAAGGCCGGCCUGAGCAUCCCUCUGGUGCGGGAGGCGGAGGAGGACCGGCGCCUGGCCGCGCUGCUCAAGUACCACAGCCCCGACUCCUACGAGGAGAAGCAGAGGAUGAAGCGGACGGAGAUCUCCAGCCGCUCCUGGUUCCCCUCGGCCGCCGGCGGCAGAGCCGGCGAGGCGCUGCGGAAGCUGGGCCUGGGGGGGCGAGCGCUGCGGGGCCGGGGGGGCCCCCCCGCCACCCCCGCCGGGCUGGGCAUCGUCCGACGCCGCUCCGGAGAGGGGCCCGAGGGGCCGGCGGAGCCCGGGGGGCCGGAGAGGGGCGAGACGACCCCCCACAGCCCCCCCGCACCCACCGUCGAGCCGCAGGGGGGGGCCAAGGCCGGGACAGCCCCCACAGCCGCCCCCACGGCCGCCCCCAUGGCCCCCCCAUUGGCCCCCCCAUCCACCUCCCUCGUCGCCGACUAUUCGGACUCCAGCUCUGAGGCGGAGAGCGCCUGA